UUUUAGAUCAAGACCUUGUCAAUAGGAACGCUUGUCCUGUCUAGAUCUGUUUAGUACAGGAGUUGCUUGGAGUGAAAUUGAGGUUUCCUUUUAUGGCGGCCUGCGCUCAGCAUUUUAUUUUUCAAGAAAGUGAGGACAAGGUUCUUGUGUUCGAGGUUGUGGCUGUGGAGUCACAGCCAGAGCCCGAGGAGAGUGACUCAGAUGGAGUUGAAAGACACAUCCUUGAAGCCCUGAAGGAAGUGACAGGUUCAGAAAGCCAGGAUUCAUCAUGGAGCAGCGCUAGCGUGUUUGCAGGAGAGAGUGGGUCGGAAGAGCCGAUCAAGGAGGGUAGCACACUAGAGGGCAUUCAAACGAAUAUGAGGGCUCUGCAUCUACAAGGAAAGUGUACGCCAUGCCGGUAUUUUCGCUUCAGAGAGGAUGGAUGCCGACAAGGUGAUUCCUGCCCGUUUUGUCACGAAUGUACAGCACAGGAGUCCCUAGCUGGCCAAAGAUGGCUGAAGCAUCAACGGCAGCGUGAGAAAAGACGCCAGCAUCGGCGUCAAGAUUGGCAAUAGCACAGUGGUCUGACAGACCAGUGGGUGCGGUUCACCCCUAUUGCAAGGCACACUCUUCCAACCUGGACGGCAGAUUGAAAAUGCCAUCCGCUUGUCAGAUAGCAUCCAGUAGCCGGAGUUUUCUUGGGAUUGC